AUGAACAGUAGUCUCGACCAGGGGCAUCAGGUCCUGGCGCUGUUCAUAGACUAUAAAAAAGCCUUCGAUACACAUCAUGAGGUGCUAUUGCAGGCCAUGGAUGAGUGUGGAAUCAGGGGCCCCACAUACAGGUGGUACCGGAGUUAUCUGAGUGGCAGAACCUUACAGACCUACAUCUCUGGUGUUGCUGGUAAAGAAGUGGUGGUACAGCUUGGUGUUCCGACUGGUUCAGUUUAUGGUCCGGUUGGCUACGUUAUGCAUGUCAAUAGCGUCAUUAAUGUGGUGAAGAAAUGUCGGGUGUAUAUGUACGCGGACCACAUGUGCCUUAUGUACUCCUCUAAGAAUAUACAAGAGAUCAGGGCUGUGCUACAGGCUGACUUCGAAAAUAUUAUCCGGUGA